AUGGACCUCCUCCACCGCAGCGCCCGCAGCUGGCCCGUCGAUUUCCGCGCCGGCGUCGGCGCCAUGCUCGACACCGUGGACGCCGAGUUCGCCGGCAAGGCCACCGACGACAAGCCCUCCGCCAGCUACCUCGUCCCGCUGCAGCAAUGCAUCUUCCGGUUCCUCUGCAAGGCGUUCGUCGGCGCCGACCCGUCCGCCGACUGGCUGGUGGACAACUUCGGCUUCACCAUCCUCGACAUCUGGCUGGCGUGGCAGAUCCUGCCCACCCAGAAGGUCGGCCUCGUCCAGCCGCUGGAAGAGCUCCUCAUCCACUCCUUCCCGCUGCCGUCCUUCCUCAUCUGGCCGGGCUACUACCUGCUCUACCGCUUCGUCGAGAAGCACGGCGCCGAGGCCGUCGCCUACGCCGAGACGCAGCACGGCAUCGGCAAGAAGGACGCCAUCAACAACAUCCUCUUCGUGCUCGGCUUCAACGCCUUCGGCGGCUUCUCCGUCUUCCUGCCCUUCCUCGUCGCCAAGGUCGGCGACGCCGCCGACGCCACGGGGCUGCGCCCGCGCCUGCGGAGGAGGAGGGACUUCGUGCUGCGCUCCCACGGCGGCACCGCGUACCAGGUGUCCAAGGGCGAGGUGCUGUGCGGGUACCAGCCGCUGGCGAUGCGGGACCCCGAGGUGUUCGACCGGCCCGAGGAGUUCGUGCCAGAGCGGUUCCUCGGCGACGACGGCGCUAAGCUGCUGCAGCACCUCUUCUGGUCCAACGGACCAGAAACGGCGCAGCCGGCGCCCGGGAAUAAACAGUGCGCCGCCAAGGAGGUGGUGGUGGACACGGCAUGCAUGCUGCUGGCCGAGAUGUUCCGGCGGUACGACGACUUCGUGGUGGAGGGCACAUCGUUCACCAAGCUCGUCAAGCGGGAGCCUUCUCCCAGCUUGUCGCCGGCAGCCGCCGCCGGAGCGCAACAGUGA